CGCAUUUUAUUGUCUUUAACCUAGUUGCCUAUGCGAGUGGCACUGAUAGCCCGUUCCAAAGCCCCUGCUGUGCCUCGGUUCUUCAAGGAACCUAGCUUGACCUUAAAUCAUUUUCUCAUCAAGAGCCAAGUGCGAUCAUUAUAUCGACAGAUCUUGCGAUGCACAAAAGGCCUGGACAAACACGAUGCAAAAGAAUUGAGGGAUUGGGCACGUUCUGAUUUUGAGCGAUAUCGUCAUGAAACUGAUCUUGACAAGAUUCGAUCUUUGUUAUCGUCGGGAAAGCAUCAAAUGCAUUCUUUGCAAAGUUCGGUUUCCUUGGCUCAAGCCGGCAAACGUUAAUUCACUCCUCCUAACAUAUCCAUACCGCGUCCCUUUUUCUUCCACUGUGUUAUAAAUUAGA